AUGGAGAAGCUCUUGUGUUCUUUCUUCUUUUGCAUUCUUUUGCUUUCAUUUAAGGCACAAUCCCAAGAAGUUGAGGAUGAAAGAGCAUUUGAUUAUGAAUCCGAUGGAAUAAAAGGACCGACUCAUUGGGGAGAGCUUCGACCAGAGUGGCAUGCAUGCAAGGCUGGUUUAAUGCAAUCUCCCAUCGAUAUGUUGCAUGAAAGAGUUGAAGUUAUUUCGCAUCUUGGAGACCUCAAAAUCAACUACAAACCCUCUAAUGCCACUCUCAAGAACAGAGGCCAUGAUAUGAUGAUGAAAUGGGUAGAAGGAGGUGGAUUCAUGGAAGUAAAUGGAAUGCAAUAUAAGCUCAAACAAUGUCAUUGGCACUCACCUUCUGAGCACACCAUUGAUGGUAAGAAGUUCGAUCUCGAAGCUCACUUGGUCCAUGAGAGCUCAAAUGGAAUGGUGUCUGUAAUUGGAAUCUUGUAUCAGAUUGGAGAGCCUGAUUAUUUCUUAUCAACUAUAAAGGAUCAUUUGGAACUUGUCUCCGAUAGCCAUGAAGAGGAGAGAAUAAUCGGAGUGAUCGAUCCAACUCGGAUAAAGAUAGGCAGCAAACGAUAUUAUAGAUAUAUGGGCUCGCUUACCGUGCCACCGUGCACUGAAAGUGUAAUGUGGACUAUGAUACAUGAGGUGAGGACGGUGACCGAAGAACAAGUGAAACUACUUCGAGUAGCUGUUCAUGAUGACUCGGAUACUAAUGCAAGACCAUUGCAACCAAUCUAUGAUCGAAAGACGCAACUCCAAAGGCCUAAGGAAAGUGAAGUUUGA